CUUUGUGUUGUGAUUGAUUGAUUUCCUAUUUGUUUUGAACUCGAAUCAUUUCGCAUUUUUUCUCAUCGUAUCAGAAAGAAUAGUUAAACAUAAUCAUGUGGGACGAGGAGACGGAGACGGAGUGUGUCAGCGAUAUAGUGAGGCUGACGGCUUGGAAAGCUUCGGAUACGUACGGGGUCCUUUACAAUGAUCUUAUGCAGGAGGUCAAACACUCUGCGCCGGGCGCAAGGCUCUCGGCACGGCUGAGAACAGCACUUGAAAGACUAUCCCCCGAUGACCGGCGCCUCCUCUGCUCCCGUACUCGCGACGGCUGCGCUCCCCUCUUCAUAGCCUGCCGGCGCGGCAACCUGGAGGCAGUGGAGUAUCUCGUCCACGUGUGCAACGCGGAUCUGGAGCAGCGCGGCGUUUACGAGGUCCCAGACGAGCGCUCAGUCCACUGCGUGACAGCGCUCUGGUGCGCCGCGGUCGCCGGGCACCUGCCCGUGCUCCGGGCUUUGGCCGACGCCGGCGCUAAACUUGAUGCUGGCUCGGACUCUGGGUCUACCCCCGUCCGGAGCGCCUGCUUCAUGACGCACCUCGACAUAGUCAAAUUCUUAGUGGAACGCGGUGCCGACAUACACCGGCCGAAUCACAAUGGCGGGACGUGUCUCAUUAAUUCUGUACAAUCGUUGCGGCUUUGCACGUAUCUCAUAGACCAUGGAGCUGAGGUCGAUGCAACAGACAUGCAACACAAAACCGCCCUGCACUACGCGAUCCAAGAGCACCGCUUAGAAACUGCGCGUCUACUGCUAGCAAGAGGCGCCGACCCGCGCCUUACUUCUCGAGCCGGUGACGAUGCGUUACGUACUGCCGCUCUGAAGGGAGCUAGUCAGGUGGUGGCACUGUUAGCGGCGCGCGUCCGCUACGGCCCCUCCCGUCUCGCCGACGCAUACGAAUUGUUAGGAGCCACACAAUUGGACGAAUUCAACGAUGUAUCCGCCUGUCUGGCUGCUUGGCGACGAGCCACUGCUCUGAGGCACGCUACGGGACAAUACGUGCCUAAAGUACCUGAACAGGUAAAUAAAUACCGACAAAAAAUACUAGAAAAAGCCCUGCUAUAUAUGCGCGAAUGGCGCACUAUGGCAGAACUAGAAGCGUGCGCGGCCGACGCCGACACUCUGCGCAUACAGGCCCUGCUGGUGUGCUGCCGCGUGUUGGGCAAGGAACACAAAGAACACGUCUUUCGACUCAUGUACCGUGGAGCAUCGUACGCAGACUCUUUCCGUUACCAGCGCUGCAUCGACUUAUGGACUUGGGCGCUCGAGAUACGGCUCGAAAAGGAUUCUAUUCUGUACCCUGAUACAUGCCACACAGCGUGCGCGCUGACGCGGUUGCUGCUCGACGCACGCGGCGCGCUCCCCGCCCAGCCACAUGAAGAUGUGGUACACAUUGCCGAGCUGCUGGUGAACGCGUUACCUGAGGCCCGCGAAUGGCUCGUGCCACGUCCCGUGUUCAAGAAACAAGCGGACACGUUCGACCGCGCGCUACGGUGCCUCGCGCACCUCCUACACCUGAUGCUCGACACUGCCACUACCGAUGAAGAACGGGCACAUGCACACCGUCGAAUGCGUCGCGUAGUCGAACUCCAGCUCCGCUCAGCGCACACCUGCGACACACUUCUCCACCUCUCCGUAUCUCGCCUGACAGUCAUCCGUUCCUCUUAUUGUGGGGAGGAAGCAGGCGCCCUGUUCCCUAGCGCGAGUCUGGCUAGGGCAUUACUAGGUGCAGGAGCGGACCCGCUGCGGCGCAACACGGCCCGCUGCACGGCCCUGCACGUGGCCGUGCUGCCGUACAACUUCAGCUCGCCGCUAGUGGAAGCCCUACUAGCCGGCGGCGCGCACCUCGACCAGCCCAACAAGUUCGGCGACUCGGCGCGCGAGCUGCUGGCGCUCAACGCCGGCAGCCAGGUGCGCCCGCUGCGGCACGUCACGCUCAAGUGUCUGGCCGCUAGGGCUCUGUGCAGGCACGCGCCGGGCUUGGCGUUAGACUCCCCAAUGAUACCUAGGCAUCUAGUGCAGUUCUUGGAUUUACAUCGCCCUUAGUUUGUUCCAUCUUGUCACUUUUCCGUUUUGUCACAAUUUCUAAUUUGUCACAUUUCAGUUUUGUGACAAUUUCAAUUUAGUCACUUUCAAAAUUAGUCACAGUAUUAUGUAACAUUUAUAUUUUCUCACAAUUUUUAUUUACUUCGCAAAAUAUUCUAUUUUGUCACAAUUUCAUUUUUCUUGCUCGCAAGAUCUGUCACACUACCAUUUUGUCACAUUUCAGUUACAAUUUUGUCAUGUUUUCCAUUUAGUCACAUCGGAAUCCCAAAUCAAUUCCAUUUUGUGUCAUAAACGUCAACUGUGCCACACUGUUGUCACCAUGGUCUAAUAAAACAUGGUCUUCUAUUCCCAGAGUGACACAGGCCUACGUCACAAUAACAUGGCCGCUAUAUAUAGCGCUAUCGCAUAUUAUCAUAUAGCGCUGUCGCAUGAUGACGUAGGCUUGUGUCAGUUAGGUGACCUAGAAAAGACGGGAAUAAAGUACCAGGCGGAGUAUAUUAUUAUACCAUGGUUGUCACUAUAUUUACAUUACUUCGGUCGGCAACACGCAUGUAAUAACCCUGGACUUGCACGCGUCCAUAAGCUAUGGUAGCCGCUUACUAUCAAGCGGACCGUAUGCUUGUUUUCCACCGACGUGGUAAACUUACGUUUGCAGGAACACUAAGUAUUAGUAAUGUAUCAUAUUCGGUGUAUUAUGUACUUUCCUGGGACUAUGUACCCAAAUCAACAUGUAUAAAUAAAAAUAUGUAAGAUUCUUGUAUGUAACCACUGUAUUAGGUAUGCAACUUUAGAAAAAUUCGCGAACGGCAGGAUUGUUGAAAAACCGUUAAUUGGUACCUAUAUUUGUGAUAUUUUAGAAAAAAUCUCGUUAUAAGAGACUGAAAUUGAUCAAAUUGUAAAUUUUAAAUAUAACGAUUAUUUAUAGGUUAAAAAUUAUGUAAUUUAUUUUUAUCGUCGUUUGAUCCUUUGAUCCCAAAUCACCACAUUUAUUUAAUAUAUCCAAUUUCCGAAAUCGUAUAGGUACCUAAAGGGAAAUAAAAAAAAUCAUUUCUAAAUAAAAAAAAACAAUAAAAAAAAAUUAAGAAAAAAAAAUAUGAAUAAGACUAGAUUUUCUAAAUACUUCUAUGAAAUAUUUUCAGUAUUAAUCUAGUUUUCACAAAUCGGGAAAGAGCCAACCGCGGUCGAAAUUCUUCUGUCUCCCUGUGUUUCGAUUUUGCUAUUGUAGGGACAGAGACGGGUAUAAAUUCCCCUUUUGUCCACCACGGAUAUAUUUAAAUGUGGUGAUUUUGGAACUAGCUGUGAGCUAUGUAACUCUUAAGCUCUGUUUUCCUAGAAUUGCGGUGCCGUCUCCCUACAAAAUAAUGCGGCUAAAUAUGAAUGAGUAGUAUUUUGUACGGAGACGGCCGCUAUAUGACGGCACCGCUAUCCCAGGAAACCAGAGCUUUAGGUCCAUCAUUGUACCUACCAAAAUAACCAAUCAUGUAAUACUGUAUCAUGUAACAUUGUAGCAGUAUAACCGUUGAUUUACUGAAUAUUUCAUAUACUGUGACCGUCACACGCUCGGCCCGAUUCGAAUUUUAAGAUACGUCAAAUAUUACGUCUAGAUACGAUAUGUCAGUGUCGAAAGCGUUUGUUUAAAAAGACGUCAUUUUUGCCACUUACAUAUCUAAUCCAUAUCGUAUCUAGACGUAAUAUUUAACGUAUCUUAAAGUUCGAAUCGGGCCGUAAGUUUGUACUGAGCAAUUGUCAAAUUUAAAGCCUAAUUAUUGGCUUUCACACUAUGUAUGAGACUAUGAAAUAAAAACACCUAAAUUUAUUCACUACCCGUUGUCAUGAUAUUAAAUAAAACUGCAUGUUACUAGUUCGAAAA